AUGAGCCAUAGCCACUGCCUCCACCCACGAUGCUCUGCCCUUGGCAACGAGCGCAACAGGUCACGACAUGGCAUACAUAUGGCAUACAUCUCAUGCUCCCUCAUGCUAGUGACGACACCCAUGGAGAUUGACUUGCACGCCAUGCGCGUCGUGUGCGUGCUGGGCCAUGGCACCAUAGGCACGGUCUUCCUUGCCAUGGAUGGCGGAACUGCGGCUGUUGAUGUGCCGGCACGGACGAUUCCUGCUGUGACAACAGCAAGCGCCCCUGAACGCAUUUCUGUUUCUUCUCUGCUCGAGGUUGUCUCGGACGACUUGCUCAGCCUCAACAACAAUCUCAAAUCGCUUGUUGGUGCAGAAAAUCCAGUUUUAGUUUCUGCAGCAGAACAAAUUUUCGGUGCCGGUGGAAAGAGAUUAAGACCAGCAUUAGUUUUUCUGGUGUCCAGAGCAACUGCUGAAUUAGCUGCUUUGUCGGAGCUAACUACAGAACAUCAGCGCUUGGCUGAGAUCAUAGAGAUGAUUCAUACUGCAAGUCUAAUACAUGAUGAUGUCAUAGACGAUAGUGGGAUGCGAAGAGGAAAAGAAACAAUCCACCAGCUCUAUGGCACACGGGUGGCUGUGCUCGCUGGUGAUUUUAUGUUUGCACAGUCUUCUUGGUUUCUUGCAAACCUAGAAAACAUUGAAGUCAUCAAGCUCAUCAGCCAGGUAAUCAAGGAUUUCGCCAGCGGUGAGAUAAAGCAAGCAUCAACACUCUUCGACUGCGACGUCACCCUCGACGAUUAUCUGCUGAAGAGCUACUACAAGACCGCUUCUCUGAUCGCGGCAAGCACAAGGUCCGCCGCCAUAUUCAGCGGCGUGGACACCACCAUCUGUGAGCAGAUGUACGAGUACGGCAGGAACCUGGGGCUCUCCUUCCAGGUGGUGGACGACAUCCUCGACUUCACCCAGUCAGCCGAGCAGCUCGGGAAGCCAGCGGGGAGCGACCUGGCGAAGGGAAACCUGACAGCCCCCGUGAUCUUCGCGCUGCGAGACGAGCCUCGGCUACGUGAGAUCAUCGACUCCGAGUUCAGCGAGCCCGGGUCCCUGGCGGCCGCGGUCGAGCUCGUCCACCGCAGCGGCGGGAUCAGGAGAGCCCAGGAGCUCGCGGAGGAGAAAGGUGAGCUGGCCAUACAGAGCCUGCAGUGCCUUCCGAGGAGCGAGUUCAGAAGCGCCCUCGAGAGGGUGGUGCACUACAAUCUCCAGCGGAUUCAGUAG